UUUGCCAUAAUUACAUUACGAUGGCCUGAUAUUUUUACUCAUUAUAAAUUUAGGAAGUACAUAGAUUUAAAAAUUAAUUAAAAAAAUUUAAAUGAAUCUAAGUUGAGGACGAGUUGCUUAGGGAACCUCUUAAAAUAUUUUUUUAAAUUUAAACAUCUAGGAAUUUCAUCAUUUUCUAUGGCAUAAAUAUAAACGUUUGUAUAAUAAUAGUUUGAUUAAUUAAAACCAUUAACAAUGGGAGAAAUGUUCAGGUAAUUUAUUGGCUACCUCAACUCUGUUACCAGGAAAACGACAAGAUUUUCUUCUUCCUGACAUGGAAGAAAUAAAAAGGAUUGUUGAAGAAGGGGAGAAAAUGCCUGAGAGGCCGGCCAAUUUAGGGUAUUUCGUGUCCCAAGACCAAACUAGAACAAACGCAGACAAUGUUUGCGUGCUGGUCGUCCACUACAACUUUGAAAAUGCCAAAAACAAAAACUUGCAUCGGAAAGGUGAUGCUCAGGACGUAAAGAACCUGGAAAGAACCUUCAGAGUGAACCGGAACUGCAACUUCCGCAGUAUUUUGUCACCGGAAAAAGGGCAGUUGCUCCAACUUCUCGCCAAUCAGGAAGAGCUAUUACGAUUAUUCGGCUCUUCAGAAGUUCCGUCCGUAUUUGUGCUUUACAUUCUUUCUCACGGCUACAGAGACGGAAUAAUCUUCACAGACCACUACCAGAACGAAGACCCAAAUGACUUAAUUUACUUCACAACAGCGGAGAUAUUCGAUUCUCUGAAAAAGCUGACUGGUUUCGAGGAUUGUCUAAAAUUAUUAAACUUUGGUCCAUGCAGAGGGGAACUAGGAGACGAAGUUUUUGUUGCAAACAACAAAAUUGUCCCUUUCAAGAACGAAAAUUCCUGCCGAAUCACCUACAGCCCUCUGAUGAGGAACACGGUUGUGUUCUUCUCAACGGUUGAAACAACCAGGGCUAAACGAAACCAGUCAGGAACAACUUUCACCUUCCUUACGUGCCAGGUCUUAAAUUCGCUUGAGCAGGACGAGAGUCUCAUAAAUGUCCUGGCAAAUAUUCAAAAUGAGAGUCACAAAAAUGUGGACUUCGUGGAAAAAAAAUACACUGGACAGACUCCAGAAGUGAAGAUGUUUUCCCAGGACAGAAGUUUUUUCUUCUCAAAAAGUCCUUCAAUCUACUCGGCUCCCUCGACAUCUGACGCAAUGGGCAUAAAAAAUAAAAAGAAACGCGAGUUUUACUCUUGGAAAUCGAGCUCAGGAGUUAACUUGCGACACCGCAUUGCGUUCCUAUUUUCCGCAGAACCAAAUGAGCAGUUGAAAGAAAUUAAAAGGGCCUUGUCCCAAAACCUAGACUUUGAAACCAGCGAAAGGAUGCUCAGUGGAAAGCCUUGGGCGUCUAUUAAUGAAGCCUCGAGGCUUGACUCCGACAUUGGCUGCGUUUUCCUAUUUCUGUUUGGCCGUCUGAUUGAAAACAAGGACAUGAAAGAGGUUUGCGUGCAAGUGGACAGCAGAGAAACUGCGGUAUCAGAAAUACUGCGCGAGUUCAUCGGGCCGAAAAAUGACCAGUGGAUUGGAAAACCAAAAAUAUUAUUUCUUGUGAACCUGGAAACGAGCUCAUUUGACUACGAAAUUCCAUUGAGACCGAAAAUGGAAAUAUCAGCAACAAACCACAGUGGAUGGCUAGUCCUAGUUCUCCACAACAAAGAAGAACUUCAAAAGCUGAUCGAAAUCUUCAAGGGGCAAGAGCUGAAAAAGGAGAAAAGUCUGCAAGAACUGCUCGCAAGUCUGCUAAUUUCCGAUUCAAUAGAAAGUAGGGAUUUGCUUAACUCGACGCUCCAAUAUCUUCUCAAUUUCCCCGACUGGCCUAGGUCUUUUGUUAAACUUAACUUUUCAGUGAAAUAUUCUCAACAAUCUCAAAAAAAGAACUUCAGCUUUGACAGCUUGAUCAAGGAUUCAGCAACAAAAAAACAAACUUGGCUCUUGAGUUCCGAUGCAGGAUCAGGAAAGACGACAAUUCUCAGGGAAAUGGCUUUUCAGCUCGGGAAACUUCAUCCAGAAUUAAAAAUUUUACGCGUUUCUCUCCCAAAAGUUUCGUUCAGCACUCUAAAGCGAAAUUUUACUGACAUUGAAUUUCUCGUAAAAGCCACUCACAAUUCGCACGAAGAAAUCACCAAGAGCAUAGAAAACAAGCAAUGUGUUGUGUUUCUUGAUGGGUUUGAUGAAACUGAAAACCAAGAAAUAAUUCUGAAAGUUAUCGACGCUUUAGAAAAGAAGCAGAUAUCGGUAUGGGUUGGAACGAGACCUCACGCAGCAGAAGCAAUCCAAAAGUGGGUAACAAAUGCUGUUUUAGUAAAGAUUGAACCCUUGAACCAAGAGCAGCAAAUCGAGUUGCUUCAGCAAGAGACGGGCAUGCGUAAAGGCGAUUGUGAAGAAUUCAUAGCGAACUUUACAUCAAAGGACAUCUUGGAAAAUCCUCUGCACCUCUCUUUGGUUGCUAAGUACGGAGCAGAAGGAAAUUUGUACCAAAUCUACGACCAGGUCGUGCGACACAAAGUCGAAGACUCUCUGAUCAGGGAAGGAUAUGACAAAAACAACGUAAACACAUUUCAAAGGAAAUUAAACAAAGCUUUGGAAAGUCUUCAACAGAUAGCAAGUUGCCACAUCAGAGGAGUUGAAAUAAUAGGUGAAAAUUCAAAAGACCUUGUAAAAAUCAACUGUUAUGGCAUUGCCACGUUUGAAAAUAACAGGGUUGAUUUCAUUCAUCAGACUUUCGCAGAAUUUCUUGCUGCCCAGUAUUUCCUACGAGUAAUCGAGGAUGGUGAUGAUUUCCAAACCACCAACCAAGAUGCUGCAAAUUUGUUUCUUGGGGAAUGGUUUUCUUGGUGUAGAAAGUUUGUCGAUCUGUUCUAUUCCACGGUGUUGACUGACGAGGCCAAAAUUGAGGAGCACAGAGCAUCAAUUCUUCCAAUCGUGAAGUUGAAUCCAGAUAGAUUUAUGGAAUUGAUUGCUCGCAAUGGCUGCACAAAUAUUUUCACAAUGAUUGAGCCAGUUAUUACCUUCGGUAAUAACCAAGAGGGUAAUUGUAUUUCUGUUGUAAGGGAUAAGGCUCUUCUGGUCAAAGCAAUGGAUGGUGAGGAGGAAAUUGCUAUGAAGCUGCUAGACAAGGACUUGAUCAACAGUGACGACGAGUUGCUAAUAUUGUUACCAUACCUGUUGAAGUCAGUAGCAAGGUCAAACGCAACUCUCUUUUUUGAAAAGCUGAAGACAAAAUAUCCAAGAUUGCCAGAGAUGAUCCGCUCUAGAAGAUUAUCUAUAGACGCUGCAGUGAUGGCAGCAAGAAAUAAUAGCGGUGAAAUCCUUGAUCUACUGCUACAAAGCGGUGUCGAUGUAGACACCAUUGAUAAAAACGAGGGAAACACCCUAUACUGUGCAAUUUCAAAAGGAGCUAUGAAGUGCGUGGAAAUUUUGCUAAAGCAUGGCGCGAAAUUGGCAAAAGAUGUGAGUGGCAACAGCUGGGACCCAUUGAUGGUGGCUGUUAAAGAAAAUCAACUAGACCUAGUCAAAUACUUCUUGGAAGAAAAUAUCAGUGGGCUGCAACGCAACAAAGAAACUUUCGAAAUCAAUGAAGUAAAGACAGAUUUGAAUGCUCUUCAGUUUUCUAUUCACAGAGGACACAAAGAAAUCGCAAAAUUUUUAAUAGAAAAGAGCCCAAGCUUGAAAAAUGUUGACAAUGGCAAAGAAGGAAGUCUUCUACAAAUUUCGGCAAAAAAAGGAUAUUUAGGAACGUGUCAAUGGCUUGUUGACGAAGCAGAGGUUGACGUGAAUACCUUACGACCAAGUGGAGAAUCAAAAGAUUGGUCUUUUUGGGAAACCAAAUACAUGGACCAUCUCUUAAUUCUGCAGAAGAGUGACAUUAACAAAACAGACGAAAGAGGAAAAACUGCCCUUCAUUGUUCUGCAGAGUAUGGUUAUCUUGAGAGUGUCCAAGAUCUGAUUCAAUCUGGUGCAAACGUUCAAGCUCAAGACGAUAAUGGAUGGAAUGCUUUUCAUUUUGCUUGCAAAAGUUCUAGUGACCAUAAAGAAAAAAUUAUUCGACUGUUGCACGGCACGGAUUGUCAGCUGGCUAAGGAGAAAACCAAAAGCGGUCAAACAGGGUUGCAUAUUCUUCUGAAAUUCAGCUAUUUCUCGGUUGAGAAAGUGCGUUUUCUGGUCGAAGAGAUUGGAGUUGACGUGAAAGCAAAGGACAACAAUGGCUGCAGUGCGUUGCAAUUUGCACUUAGCAAAGGAAUGGGUUGCGUUAACUAUUUGAUGAGAAAAGAUAUCAACCUGGAAGUAAAAAACAAAUGGGGGCAAGCAUGCCUGCAUCUAGCCGCUGUAAUGGGCGAUUUAGAGGCUCUGCAAACUUGGAUAGAUCUAGGUGGAGACUUGGAUGUGGUAGACAACUACGGGCUGACUGCGUUGCAUUAUGCCGCUAAUGAAGGACAUUUGCAAUUUGUGAAGAAGCUUUUAGUGUUCGCGGCCAAGGAAGCCAAAAAUCCAGAUAUCGGUGAAGGUUCUGCUGGAUCCACCCAAAAAAAGAGAGUGAACAGAUUUGACAACAGUGGAACAACAGCUCUGCACCUUGCUGUUAAAUCAAAAAAUGUUGAUAUGGUGAAAAUGUUGCUUGAAAGCAACGCAGAUUUAACUCUAACGGGCAUGGAAGGAAAUAAUGCUAUCCACUACGCUAUCAACAGCGAAAGAAUGUUACGAUUCAUCCAUGAGAAAAACGGAUCUCUGCUAAAGCAGGCUUUAAAAAACGAAAGCACACUUCUACAUCUGGCAUUGCACCACAAUUAUGUACUGGAAGAUAGCGAUAAAAUCUAUAAGUGGAUUGUAGAACAAGAAGACGACACCGAUUUGAACGUAAAAAAUGCUUCUGGCGAUACACCACUCUUACACGCUUGCAAACAUAUGAUCUGGAGUGUCGCCGAAAUGCUGCUGACCAGAAAUGUUGAGGUCAAUGUCCAAGACACGGAAGGAAAAACUGCGAUGCACUACGCCGCAGAGAAAGGAAAAUUGAAUUUAGUGAAGCUGAUGCAUGAGAAAGGUGCGAAUUUUGCUCUAACAGACGACGAUGGAAUGAACACUUUGCACAGCGCAACGGGUUACUUCGAGAUAUUUAUAUUUCUUCACGAGAAAAACGAUGCCUUGUUGAAACAGCGUUUGAAAAACGGAGACACGACACUCCAUUGUGCAAUAAGGAGUUCCUACUGCACGAAAUUAAUAAAGUGGCUAAUUGAACAAUGCCAAAUUGACUUGAAUUCGACAAAUAGUGGGGGUGAGACACCCCUUCUGCUGGCUUGCACAAUGAGAAGGUGGAUGAUUGCCAAAAUGUUGUUGGAAAAAAGCGUCGAUGUACACGUGAAAGAUAAAAUUGGAAAAACGGCCCUGCACUACGCCGUUAAUUCCCACGAUGGCCUAGAAGAUUUACAUGCUUUUGAUGUGGUGCAAGAGUUGUGCAAAAGAGGCGCAGAUUUGGCUUCGACGGACAACGACGGGAAGAACGCAUUUCACCAUGCGAUGAAAAACUUCCACAUGGCGUUAUUCAUUCAUGAAUUGAAUGGUGAAUUAGUUAAACAGCGUCUGAACAAUGGAGAUACCACUCUGCAUCUGGCAAUCAAAUCAGACCUAUUAAACAGGAAUCAAGCCUUAAUUAUGUGGCUUUUGGAGCAAGACUUCGUUGACUUGAACGCGAGAAACGCUUUGAAUGAAACCCCGCUGAUUCUGGCUUGUAAGGCGAGUCUGUACACUUGGAAAAUUGUUGAAAUACUACUGUCUCAAAACGUGGAUGUCAACGUAAGAGACGAUAAUGGGAAAUCUGCUCGGGAUUUCGUAGAAGAAUUUGUUGGAGGCGGUUUUCUUAAAAGGUUUGACGAAAUUGUAGCGUCAAGAAACGCCAACAACGAAGUUGAGGACAGAAAAUAAGGGAUUUCCGCUCUUAUUUAAGUUUGAGAGUGCCAGAUGAGCUAAUAUUCUCAUUGUUUUUGUGGCGUUUUAUGACAUAGGAUCAUAUUUUUACUUGAUUUUCAUUUUUGAAUGCCUAAUUUGUAUAUAAAUAUUUAAAUCACAUUUGAGAAGUUUGAGUUUCGCAGAACUUUGUCCUCUAUUUGAGAAUUAUAUUAUAUAUAGGGUGAUAAAUGUGAAAUAUGCAGUAUAUAAAUUUAUGUUAGUUACUAAGAGAUUUGUUUAAUUUCUGUACUCCACUAACUGGCUAUACAGCGAACGUACCAUAAAGAAAAGCAAUAAUGGUGUCCGCUGAAAGCAUUUUAAAAUAAAAUAUUAAUAUUUUGUAAAAAGACAACUGCAUUUU